CCCUCUUGUUUCACAGUGUCUUCAGUGCCUUCAACAUGGUGACUGCACGGUUCUUCUCAGGGGCUUCCCUCUUUGCCUUGCUGAUUGUGGACAUAUGCUGCCUUCCUGUAAAGAAAGGCUCUAGCCCCAGCGCUCCCGCUGCAGGUGUCUCCGCACCGGCUUAUCAGCCUGCACCGCAGCCAGAGCCCAGUUUGUCUCAACCAGCAGUACAUGUUGGCUCUAGUUCCUCCUCUAGACCUGUUGUGUCCAGACACCAUGGCAGUACAGUGGGAUAUCAUGCUGUUGCCCCACCACCACCAGGGGCAGCUUCCCAACCUGGCCCACAUGAAGUUGACUGGGCUCUUGCACCUCCUGGUGUCUUCUCUGGUGAGGAACAGCCAGCUCAUGCUCCUGUUCAUUCCGGUACAUCUGGGUAUGUGAGUCCACCUUAUCCACCUUAUCCACCUCAACCAAUGUAUGAGGCAGGGGAGCUGUCUCAUUAUGAAGAGAACUAUGAGAUGGGUGACUACCUGCGUGAGACAGAGGAUCAAGGUUACGCAGCACCAGCGCCUCCUCCACCUAUGCCCAUGUCUGCUGAACCAAGCUUCACCAGCCCUCCUCGGCCAGGGCCUGGUCCUGGUGUUGGUGGAGGCUGGGGUGGUUAUCCUUACUUUGACUACAGGCUCCUGUAUGGCGAUUACCCUCCAGGCACAUACACUCACUUCAGCAGCAACUUCGAGCAGGGGGCAGACUACUGGUAUGACGAUCACUACAUAAGAUAUGAUCCCUAUGACCCUGCACCUGUACAAGAACCACAGACCUUCACAGCCCCUCAACGCUCUGAGGAGCCAAAGACUCCUGUGAAGGCUCCAGCUACUGGUGGUCUUGGUUCUUCCCCUGGAAGCUUCAGACGGCCAACUCUGGCCAAGACGCUACAACCCAGGCAAGGGUGGCUACUGAGUGGAUCCUCCAGCAUGAACUGGUCUCUGAACCCAAUAAAGAUCUUGUCAAAUACUUGAGCAUCAUGUAUUUAA